AUUACUGGAAUCUGAUCUAUCAUGUGUUCUUACUUCUUGCUUGACAUUUGCAUUUCUUUACAGAAUAUUAAAAAAAAAAAAAACAAGAUCCUUGUCAAAACAAAAUGUGAUAUAUAUAUUUAUAAUGGAACAAAAUGUGAUAUGAUACCCCAAAAAGGUGAUAGAGUUUCUGAUUUUAUGUCUUCCCUACGAUUAUGUGUUUCUGAUUUUAUGUCUUCCCUACGAUUAUGUCUUAUAAACGCUCAAAUUUGACACGACACUCCAUCUGAUGACAAGGUUUUAUUUUUAUGUCUUCCCUAAGACUCUGCCUAAUAAACACUCAAAUGCGACAUGACACUCCAUCUGAUGACAGAGUUUCUAUUUUAGAAAGAAAAAAAAGAGAGAGAAGAAGAGGAAGAACUCGAUGAUGAAGGAAGGCUUGUCAAUAUGUGGAGCAAUUAUUGCUGCAUUCUAAUUAUGCUAUCAAAAUUUGCCUAAGCCAGUGAUGUGAAGUACCAAAGUGUUGAACUAUAUGAAAGUCAAUUUGAUAACUAUUCUCUAGCAUAUGUUUAAUAUAAAUUGAAAUAUUCUUGUCACAUUGUCUUUUAUCUCUAUUUUUGGAUUUCUGAAUGGCACUUUUUUCUUGGAUUUCACUGUUCCAUACAUACCCAGGGUCAUAUUCUUGCUUUUGCCACCUCAGUACUUGAGAAACUUCAUUUGAGUUUAGUGAAGAAGUUUGCAAUGGAAUUCCUCGAUCUAUUUAUUGUGGCAUUAAUGCCAGUUCUGAAAAUACUUUUGGUUUCCGCUGUUGGUUUAUUUCUUGCAACAGAGCGUAUCAAUCUCUUGGGGGCAGAUGCAAGGCCAUAUUUGAAUAAUUUGGUGUUUUAUCUGUUCAGUCCAUCAAUCAUUUUUAGCAACCUGGCUGAAACAAUUACUUUAGACAGUUUGACAAACUUGUGGUUCAUGCCAGUGAACAUCCUUCUCACAUUCAUUAUUGGGUCUGCCCUUGCAUGGAUACUGGUAAAAAUCACAAGAGCUCCUCAGCAUCUUCGAAGCCUAAUCAUUGGUUCUUGUGCUGCAGGCAAUUUAGGAAACUUUCCUCUGAUUAUUAUCCCAGCAGUUUGUGACGAUGAUAAUAGUCCAUUUGGAGAUUCUUCUGUUUGCUCAACAGAUGGAGAGUCUUAUGUUGCGCUUUCUAUGGCGAUAGGAGCAGUAUAUAUAUGGUCUUAUGUGUAUGCCAUCAUGCGGUUAUCUGCAAACAAGGCAACUAAAGAAAUUGACUCAAAUGAAUCUACAAUACAAGAUAGCGCUUCUGGGGAAAUUCCAUAUUCAGAGAUUUGUCCAGAAGCACUUCUUCCUUCAAGGGGUAGCCCCACCUCUCAGGAAGAUACCGAUCAAGCUGAAGUCCCUUCUACCAAAUCUGAAGGAAAAGCAAAGGUAUCAUUGCUGGAGAAGGCUAACCUGCACCUUAAGAAGAUUUUUGGGUACAUUGACUUCAAAAAAAUAUUUGCACCAUCGACAAUUGCAGCGAUUAUUGGCUUUAUAGUCGGAAUAAUCUCUCCAAUUCGAAAGGUCCUGGUUGGGGAUGAUGCUCCUCUUCGUGCCAUCUACAAUUCUGUGAGUUUGAUAUCGGACGCAACAAUACCAUGUAUGACAUUGAUAAUUGGAGCGAACCUUCUUAAAGGUCUGAAGACAUCUGGAGUAGGUCCAUUAAUCAUCCUAGGAAUUAUUGCAAUUCGGUAUAUUAUAUUGCCUUCAUUGGGUAUUGUUAUUGUCAAGGCCGCAAACCAUUUUGGUUUGGUGGGAUCAGAUUCAUUAUAUCAGUUUACACUUAUGUUGCAAUAUUCACUUCCACCCGCUAUGAAUGUAGGUACUAUUUCUCAGUUGCUUAAGACUGGAGAGAGUGAAUGCUCUGUCAUUAUGUUAUGGACUUAUGCUGUGGCAUCACUCUUUCUAACACUGUGGUCAACUAUCUUCAUGUGGAUUGUUGCUUAAUCUGGAUUUCCUUAAUUCAUUUGAGGACUUAUCAUCAUCAUAACACGGCAAAGAACAACAGCAUCCCUAAUAGCUACCUAGUUCUUUAUAAUGUUGUCAUCAGCUUUCAACAUCUACUGCCGCGUGAAACAACCCAGAAACCAAAUAUUCUUCUAGGUAGAUUAUUUGCAUAAAGAUCAAAUUACUAUGAGCAGCUUACCAUUUUUUGUAACAAUUCCCUAGAAUUGAGAGGAACUAUAUAAAACAUCAAAAUUGAAAUAUAUUGAUGAGAUUAAUCUGUAUUAGAUCUACACAAAGGGAUAAAAGAUGAAAGAUGCCCAAUUCUGUUCCAAUUCUGAAAUUAUGAGUUCUCAUUGGCUUCUUUGCUAUUUUUUAUGAUUGUGAAGUGGUAAUACCAUUUUCCAGUUGGCCUCAUGAUUUUAAAUAAAUAAAAUUUUACUUG